AUGUCACAUAUGGACAGGAUAAAUAUAUUGGCUAACCACUUGUCAAUCAAUGACGAGGAGGAAGACGACACUUUGCAAUCAAACAAUGUGUCAGCUGCAUCUGCCGCUGCAUCAACUUCAAGCAAUAAGCAGGCUUCAUUGACUGUUACAGAUAAUCGUACUGGAAAACAAUACAACGUUCCAAUCAAGGAUGGACGUAUCAGUGCUACAGCCUUCAAGAAGGUGUCAGAAGUCGAUGGAGACAAUGGAUUGAUGGUUUAUGAUCCAGCUUUCCAAAACACUGCUGUUGUAACAUCAAGCAUCACUUAUAUCGAUGGAGAUAAGGGAAUAUUGAGAUAUAGAGGUUAUCCAAUUGAGGAGUUGGCCGAGCGAUCAAACUUCCUCGAGGUGGCCUACUUGUUGAUCAAUGGCAAUCUGCCAAAUAAGACUCAGCUCGACGGCUGGACCCAUCGUGUGAUGACACACACCUUCCUGCACGAGAACCUCGUUGGAAUGAUGAAGACAUUCAGAUACGACGCCCAUCCAAUGGGCAUGCUCAUCAGUACUGUUGCCGCACUCGGCACCUUCUACCCCGAGGCCAACCCAGCGCUGGCCGGCCAGGACAUCUUCAAGUCAGAGAGCGUCAGGAACAAGCAGGUGCUGCGUAUCAUUGGUAAGCUGCCAACGAUUGCCGCCUGCGCCUGGCGUCACAGAAUCGGUCGUCCCUACAACACGCCCGUCAACCAUCUCGGCUACACCGAGAACUUCCUCUACAUGCUGGACAAGCUCUCUGAGCAGGACUACAAACCCAACCCAGUUCUGUGCCGCGCACUCGAGAUCCUGUUCAUUCUGCACGCGGACCACGAGCUGAACUGCUCGACCGCCGCCAUGCGCCACAUCGCCUCGUCCAACACCGACCCGUACACAUCUGUUGCUGGUGCCGCAGGUGCUCUCUACGGUCCACUGCACGGUGGUGCUAACGAGGCCGUGCUCGACAUGCUCCAGCAGAUCGGCACCAAGGACAACGUUCAUCAGUUCAUAGCCGACGUCAAGUCCAAGAAGAGAAAGUUGAUGGGCUUUGGCCAUCGCAUCUACAAGAACUACGACCCACGUGCCAAGAUUAUCCGAAGGGUGGCCUACGAGGUCUUUGACAGCUUGGGCAAGGAGCCCCUGAUCGAGGUGGCCACCGAGCUCGAGAAGCAGGCCCUGAACGACGAGUACUUUGUCUCGAGAAAGCUGUACCCCAACGUGGACUUUUACUCGGGUCUCAUCUACAAGGCCAUGGGCUUCCCCACCGAUAUGUUCCCAGUGCUCUUCACCAUUCCACGUGCCGUCGGCUGGCUGGCUCAUUGGAUCGAGCAUUGUGAGGACCCCGAGACCAAGAUCUACCGUCCACGUCAAGUGUACAAGGGAGAGUGGUUCCGCAACUACGUCUCAAUCGAGGGACGUUCACCCGCCAAGGUUCGCUCGCAAGAGUUCUACUCCUCAUCCACCACCAAGAGAUACUCCAAGGUCACCGGUAUCAAUGGAAAGUAA